CCAUCGUGAGGAGAACAGAUACAGAUCUGAUUCCUGUUACAGCACCAGGACUGUUUAAGGGCUGUACCUGUGCGUCUAUCUAGCCCCAUGUUGCUGCGAGCAAAUUAGUUUACAACGAAGUGACUGACUAUCUACUCAAACCUGUUUCAAGGAAAGCCUGUGGAUGGUUCAAUCCGCCGGGGUUCAACGCGCAAACAUGUCAAGGCAUCAGAGGACCCCAUUGAAAAACACGAACAAUGUGGUCGAGGUCAAAAGCAAAUUUGAGGCGGAGUACAGACGUUUCGCUCUGAAGAAGAGCAGCACCGGUGGCUUUCAGGAGUUCUACCGACUGCUGCAGACUGUUCACCGCAUCCCCGGUGUGGAGGUGCUGCUGGGAUAUGCGGACGUCUAUGGUGACCUGCUGCCAAUCAACAACGAUGACAACUUCUACAAGGCCCUGUCCUCAGCCAAUCCACUACUCAGGAUCAUCAUCCAGAAGAGAGAUAUGGAUGAGCCUGUGGUCUUUGCCACCAACUCCCUGCAGAGGAGGAAAAAGGGUCUGGCAGGGUUGCGCCCGGCGCAGCAGAAGACCAAACCAGGCCUGAUGAUUGGCCAUCCCCAGGACUUCCGCCAGAUCUCCUCCAUCAUCGAUGUCGACAUCCUGCCCGAGACACACCGGCGUGUCCGCCUGCACAAGCACGGUACCCACAAGCCCCUGGGUUUCUAUAUCCGGGACGGGGUGAGCGUGCGGGUCACGCCUCAGGGAGUGGAGAAGGUGCCUGGUGUCUUUAUCUCCCGGCUGGUGCGUGGAGGCCUGGCUGAGAGCACAGGCCUGCUGGGGGUCAACGAUGAGAUCCUGGAGGUCAACGGCAUUGACGUGGACGGCAAGUCUCUGGACCAGGUGACAGACAUGAUGGUGGCCAACAGCCACAACCUGAUCGUGACGGUGAAGCCAGCCAACCAGCGCAAUAACGUGAUUCUCCGAGGAAGCAAGGUCUCGGUAGGGGGGGACAGCUCCUCUGGAUUCAUAGGCUCCACCAUCUCCCAUGACCUGGCCCCCAGCCCCGCCUCUCAAAGUGUCAGUCACUAUAGCAACAGCAACAGUGUGGCGGAGGGCGACAGCGACGAGGAUGGAGACCUUAUCAUUGAGCGUGACAUCCUGCCAUACCUGCCCCACCACUGUGUGUCCAAUGGUAACGGCAGCCACAGGGAGUUUCCAUUGUCCUCAUCACUGGGGCAACGGCCCCUCCCCCAGAGCAUUUUCCUGCCCAGCAGGGGCUCUCUGUCAGACAGCAAGGCCUCUCUGAACUCCCUGACCACUCCUACUCACAACGGCAGCCCCACCAAGACCAGCAGCAGCCAGGAGAGCAUGAGAGAGGAUGGGAACAUCAUCACAAUGUAAAACCUUGUCAUAGUGCUAAUUUUACUGAUGAGUUUAGGAGACAUCAACAAGAGAAGACAAAACAUGCACAAUUGGUCUCAUGAGAAAAACAAGACAAAUGACAAACAUUAGCUGACCACAAAACAACAAUUUUAGUUGUUACCUCACUACAGAAAACAACUCACAACAAUGAUGCAGGCAAUGAUGAUGGCUUUGCCUUAAAAGUAUCCGAUAUGUAUUCCAUGCUACUAAACGCUGCAGAACUAGCAGCCAUCAUGUAAGGAACUCAGUGGACAUUGUGGUGUCAAUCCUGAGAACCUACUUACUACAACACACAUGAUAAUGGCUGUCACCAUCACCAUACUGGAAGUGCCUUAUGGCUUUCCGCUCAAAUCGCCUUAUAUUUCUCACUUUUAUUUAACUUUCUAACAGGACCACCUCUCUCUUCAAUUCUAGACAGUGUCAUUGGGUGUCAGUGAAAAGGUGAAUACUGGCAGGAAGAGAAGCAGACAACACUUCACACUCUAUCUCACUGUGAGUGUCUGUCUGUGAGGGACAUGUGAUCUAUGUGGACACAGUGUUAGAGACAACAUGGUAUUAGUCUAAUUGAUCCUGCAUUCUGCAAUGCUUCAAUGUCCAUACAGUGUGUUCUCUUCUGUGACUGUGACAAUCACUGCCGGUUGUUAGCCUGCUUAGCUAACAUACACUAGCUUUUAUUCCUCUGUCCAGAAAUCAUGAAGUGGAUUCACAUACAGCACAUCUCGAAACAUACAUUACCUGUUCCCUCUUCUCAGUUACCACAAAGAUGUCAUGGCAUUACUGUACACACAACACAACAAAGUCAAGCGAGGCUUUUACAAUAUGUGUGCUUGGAUCCAAGGGUCCCUCUGACCUCCACAGGACAGGACAGGGCAGGACAGGACAGGACAGGACAGGACUAAACAUUUUAAUCAGCCCUUGAACAUCCUUACUCCCAUUUGAUACACACAGUUAUGGCAUAUCAUAACCUUUUAUAGGAAAAUAUGUAACACUACUGUUAGUCAUCACGGUGUUAGUAUAGGAAGUAGGAGUGAUAUAUGCUCCUCUGUCUCCCCCAUGUCGAUGUACAUCAUAUUUAUUUAACUUUUACAUGCAGUAGUGACAAACGAAGCCUACGUUUGACUGCGUUUACACAUUGACGUGGGCGAUGGGGAUGCAUCAUAGCAGAAUAUCUGUCCAAUUGAUUCUGUCUCGGAAACAUCUUCAAGAGAACACCACCUUUUUAUCGCAACAUGGGCAGUUUUCUCCUUUAAUGUACUCCACAGCCACCAAACAUGUUCUUCAUCUAAAACAUAGUCAGAUGGUUUGACUUCAUAUUCAUUUAAGUCAGUGGUUGACUGGAGUUACAGAGGUCCCAGGAUGAAACAUUAGACCCAGGAGAAUUUCCCUGGCAGACUUGCUGUCUUGCUUUUAAAGAAGCCAAUUCCAUUUUGCUUCAGGACAAGGUUUCUCUCCCCUGAAAAUUUGACAAAGAGUAAACACAACAGAAAUAACAUGGAGUGCUGUUGCUCCAGAAGGUCACGGCCUCUUAUAGACCCAGCUGUCUUCAGGCCCACUUGUGACUGCCAUGUUGUUGUGUAAAAUAAGGAAAUUCCUUUCAUGUUUAAAAAGCCUACAACUCUGCACAUUGGGACCUUGUUCAUACACUUUACUCCAUUCUUGAUAUCUAAACCUGAGGGGCAUGGCGAGGGAAGGAGGAGAGAUUUCCUCUUAAUUUGAAGGCCAAGGGUAUCAUCUUGCAGUGAGAGCUGUGAGGCAGACAGUCUCAAAACUCCAAGCUUAUUGUUGUUGCUUCUUACCCUCACUGCACCCGAACACAAGGGCCCUCUGACUCUCUGUUAGUACUGGACUGGAGGGAGAGCUGCCGGCCCUCACAGCUAGCAAUGCCCAAGACCUCCAGGCUGGUUGGUGGGCUGUGUCUGGAGUGAUCCAUAGAGACAGAAGGAGCAUCAGAUGACCUACCACAACAGAGGGAUAAUAUUGUGUUUUACAUGGACAUGAUGUAUCUGUAGGUCAUCUCUUUCACUCUGGAACCAGCUGGAAUAACACAUCAAUUCAAUAACUCUCCAUCUUAAUGUUGACUUCGAUUAUUGAAUUGACCAAUAAGACAGAACAAAACCAGCAGAGCAUGAGGACCUCCUGUGGCCUGGUUGUUAUUGUUUUACUAGAGCUGCAGUUGUAUGGGUCACUGGUACUGCUGCACCAGGUGGCAGCCAGGAAACAUGAUAGAUUCAUUAACCUGAGAAUGAAGUUGCUCACUUUAAUAUCGGGCGGGGCAAUUAUUUAUUCAACGAGGAAAGAGGCCAUCAUAAGAUCACAGGUGUCAAACCCAUUCCACGGAGGGCCGAGUGUCUGUGGGUUUUUCACUCCUCUCUUGUACCUAGUUGAUGAAUUAAGGUCACUAAUUGGUAAGGAAUUCCCUACACCUGGUUGUCUAGGGCUUAAUUUAAAGGAAAACACAAAAACCUUCAGACACUCCAUGGAAUGAGUUUGACACCCCUGUUGUAGAACAUACAGCAGAAUCACCUGUCUUCACAGAUACAGUAUAUUGUCUGUUAAUCUACUUAAAGAAAACUGCUAUCAUCUAUAACAGAAAAGCUACCACAUACUGUACUGAAUACUUUUUUCAUGUAUGUAAUUAUGAAACUAUAAAUACAAAUGAAAAAUUAUAUAAGCAAGGGAUUUUUUGAUUAACUGGGAGAUUUUUUGUAAAAUAACAUUUUAUAAAUGUAUAAAAUAUGGAGAGUAUUUUUCUUAUUCUUGUACUUUUGUUUGUAUAUGAGAAUCCCGGAGAGGACAUUUGUAUUUCUUUGAGUACCGGGAACCAAACAGAGGAACAAAGUGUUUAUAUGAAUCUGAUGGGUCAGGGUGUACAAUACUGUGAAUGUGGUAUAGAGAUAUGCUGAUUAUGAAAUGACAUAUUACUAUAAAAUAUUAUAAAAAAUACUCCGAUGUUGUUUUUGUGUGGUCACAUAGGGCUAAUUCACUCUGAAUUCUUUACCUGUGGUCUUGCCCCACCUCUCUCAUUCUCUCCCUCUCUCUCUCUCUCUCUCUCUCAUUCUCUCCCUCUCUCAUUCUCUCCCUCUCUCUCUCUCUCUCUC